CAGUGAUACACCUGUGUUGUUACAUGUUGCUACAGUAGACUCCUGUGACUCAUAAAGCCAGUGAUUUGCACUCGUUCACUAAAGUUCUGAAUCUUUCUUUCAUCAGCGCCGGCAGGAAGUGCCCUGCCAUAUGUGCCACAGAGAACAUCUGCAUCCCUCCAGAUGGAGACUCUGCAUCAUGCACCUUCUUCUCAUUCACUUCUAUUCAUCUCCUCAUUUCCCUGAGCAGUCUCAUAUGACGUCCAUAGCCCCUCCCUGCGCAUCGUUCCGUCUCUCAGUUCUCUCCAGCUGAUCCUUUCUCUGCUGCUAAACACACGUCCGGGCUUACGCACACAUAUGGUUCACACACACACACACACACACACACACACACACACACACACACACACACACACGUGGAUCACGUCAAGCUUUUAGCCAAGCCUUCUCAGCUCUUACGCGCAGACACACCCUCACACACGUCGCUCGCCCCCACACCUCCCCUCCUGUCUCGCAGUCAGUGUGCAGCGGCAGCAGCGGAGGGUGGAGGACGCGCCGAACGCUGUCACGGAGGCUUCUGGCGCACAGCCGAGCCGUCAUGAGCCGCUCAGCGGAAGUGGACGCCGCUGCGGAGGAGGAGGAGGCUGAAUAGAAGAGAGAGAGAGAGACUGUGUUCUAAUUAAAUGUCUCACGCUCUCCGUGUGCAUCAUGCUGUAUUUCCAGCUGGUGAUCAUGGCCGGGACCGUCAUGUUGGCCUACUACUUCGAAUACACCGACACCUUCACCGUGCACGUGCAGGGCUUCUUCUGCUACGACACCACGUACACCAAACCGUACCUGGGGCCGGAGGACAGCAGCGCCGUCCCACCCGUGCUGCUGUACGCCGCGGUGGCCGGGCUGCCCACGCUGCUGAUCACAGUGACAGAGACUGUGCUGUUUCUGGUCCAGUACACGUCCAAAGAGUUUGACCGUUUAGAGAAGACGGUGGCCACCGGAGACUGCUGUUACCUCAACCCGCUGGUACGCAGGACAUUCCGCUUCCUCGGAGUCUACACCUUUGGCCUCUUCACUGUUGACAUCUUUGUCAACGCAGGGCAGGUAGUGACAGGAAACCUGGCACCGUACUUCCUGACUGUCUGUAAGCCAAACUACACAGCACUGGGUUGCCAGCAGGCCCUGCGCUACAUCAGCCACCAGGAGGCCUGCACAGGAAACCAGGACGACAUCCUACGUGCCCGCAAGACUUUCCCGUCCAAAGAGGCUGCGCUUAGCGUCUAUGCUGCACUCUACCUAGCUAUGUAUGUGACGUGUACCGUGCAGGCAAAAGGCACUCGUCUGGCUAAGCCAGUGUUGUCUCUCGGGCUAAUGUGUCUGGCCUUCCUCACUGGUUUGAACCGUGUGGCUGAAUACCGCAACCACUGGUCAGAUGUCAUCGCUGGCUUUAUCAUUGGCACUGCCAUUGCCACUUUCCUGGUGGUGUGUGUGGUCCAUAACUUCAAAGGGAAGUUACUACUGAGCGAGGAGUCACUAGUGGAGCAGCGGCCCAAUAUAGCCAUGUUAAACAUAGGCCAAGGGGAGAGUCCGCUGGAGAAGUACAUCACCUCACAGAAUCACAUCGCCUUCGCUGAGGUCACAUGAUGUGGAAUCGGCUGUGUGGCAGACCCACUGGACGUCCACACUCUUCACCGUCCAAUCCAAUUAUUAAGAGUGCAGCGCUAAACCCAUUCUUAGUGUGUGUCUGGUCUGUGGUAUGUUGUUCUUUGUUGUCUUUAUCAGGCCCCUGUUUUCACUCGCAAUUUCUUGUACUCAAAGAAAAAAGGUUUCUUUUGCUUCCAUCUAUGCACUUAUUCUGAAUCGUUGUUGGACUCCCAAAUGAAGCCAAGCAGACUGGGAGACUAGAUGAUCAUGUGAAGGACUGGACUGGAUACAACAUCAGUGCUGCUCAAGUCAAAUACAUUAUUAUUUUAUAUGUGAAAAAGUAUUUUUCCAAUAAGAUGGUUAUAAGGAAAAACAGUAAGUUGACUGACUGUCAAAACUCUCUCUUUCUAUAUUUUAUUACUUCCUUGUGUUGCAUCACAUUUCUAAAGCAAUGCUGUGAGUAUCAGAAUGUAACUACUGAGCCUGUAUUUAUCAAAUUAAUCACAGUGAAAUUUUCAACUUAAAUCAGUGAUAGAAAAUAAACAGACUAAAGAGGAAAGGUAUACUGUACCAAUUCUGAUUGCAUAAACAGAGUUUCUGAGUAUUUGUCGCUGUAAGACAGAAAGCAGCAGUGGUAGACUAGAAUGAUUGACAGAUGCAGCAUAAAACUGCUAACGUAGCCCCCACAAUGUCUAAAAAGCAGGGUAAUGGUGUUUGGGGGAUGUUCUCUCAUGCUCGUUUCCAACAUUUGGGAAGUCCAGUGCUUUGCUGGACCACACAUGAAAAUUCUCAGAACGUUGAUAAAUACAGGCUGAAGUUAAAGGAGCAAAUAAGGAAAACUGAAGUGUUUUUCAUCAUGUCUGACUUCUCCAGCCAUCUCACUAAGGGUUUAGGGUACAACAGUCUAUGUGUUUAUACAGUAUACAGUCAGCUGCAACCAAUGACAACAAUAUACACUCUGACUAUACUUUGACAAAAGUAUUUAGGCUUUCUUAGCUGCACCAGACAAUCACCCCUCCCUCUGUUUUUGUUCUGUGUCUCUUUGCCUUCGACUUCUAGACUGCUGCUUUGACUUUCUCCUAUAAAAGUUUGUGAUAUAGUUUUCAAACCUGCCCUCAACACUUGAAAAGUGCCCAGGAGCUGAUAUACAAAGCAGAAGAGUUCCAAAAAGACUUAGUCCAUAACUGACUAAGAUGAUGAGCAAACUAAAUUUUAAGUUAUUAUUGUUGAAAUGCCCAUACUUUGAAAGUUCAUAAGUUUUUCUUUGUUUCUUGUAAUUGUAACCAAAUUUAGUAUGGUGACUCCAUUUAUUUCAUAGCAAAGUCAGCCACCAAAGCAAAAGCAACAUGUAAUUACAAGAUUGGAUAAGUAGGAGAAAAUGGAUGGUAAUGAUUGAUGAUUAAGUAGUAAAUAUCUGGCAUUUAGGUUUAAUGAAUGGCGCACAUCUGCAUUAACUGCUGACAUCAGAAAAAGACUGUCACAUGAAAUUUUUGAUAAAGACAUACUUGAAAUGAUAAAAUAUCUAAAGAUAUCUGUUUUCCUUAACACUACUUAAAAUAAAUCAGAAAUCACCAUAAAUCUUGUCCCACUUCUGUAGUAUUGUAGGUUAGCGUUGUAUCCAAGUCCCAUUUUUCAUCUGUGUUGUCAUUGCGGUGUCAUUUGUAUUGGGACUCCUUCUUUGUACCAAAACCAUUUUGGGCUUUCUUUGGCAUUAAAACACACAGAAAAUCUAUUGGCCCUUCAAAUCUCUAUUUUUGUAGUGACAACUAAAGCACUUAUUGAUGAAGACUGCGAAUAAGAACAUUCACAAAACAGCACUUUAAAUCAAGCUAUGACUUCCCUCAUUGCUAAUGAAAUGGCCACAAAUUUCAUAACUGCUUGAAAACAAAUCACACAGAAUAUUUGAGAUUUUAAGGAACAAAACCUGCUCAAAUGUGUAUCAGAAGAGCUGCAACACUGUCCCAGUAUGCCAAAAGGUUGAUUUUGUUCAUCUGGACGUUUUCAGUGGGAGAAACGUUUCAUCACUCAUCCAAGUGACUUCUUCAGUCUCAGCUGACUGCAGGUUUCCCAACCUUAUAAACAGUACAUUUGCAUAAUAACUAAAACUAGCACCACUGAUGAACAAUGGGCUGGGAGGUCAGUUCCUUCAUCAUUAAUAUGCAAAUUGUCAUGACCAUUGAUCAACAAAUACUGAUCAAUAACCAUGAGUACCAUUCACAGAGAGUUGGGGAAUGGCUGCAAUCACAGCAUUGUAAGAUGGUGACAGAUGUACCCUUAGGCCCCCUCCUCGAUUCAGAGAUGGUCUUUCCCUUUUCACGUAAAUGGCCUCCUUGACUCCGCGCUCAAACCAGCGUUCUUCCCUGUCCAGGAUGUGUACAUCCUCAUCAUUGAAAGAGUGUCCACUGGCCUGUAGGUGUAAAUAGACUGCAGAGUCCUGGCCUGACGAGGUAGCUCUUCUGUGUUGUGCCAUCCGCUUCACCAGAGGUUGUUUGGUUUCUCCGAUGUAUAAAUCCUGGCAAUCCUCCUGGCACUUAACAGCGUACACUAUGUUACUCUGUUUGUGUCGGGGGACCCGAUCCUUGGGGUGGACCAAUUUUUUGGCGCAGCGUGUUUUGGGGUUUCAAAGACAAAAAAACUCAAAUGUUCCGAUACUCCUGACACAUAAAGGGUUUUUGCAUAGGCAGCGGUUGUCCUUCUCUUUUUUUAUUUGUUUGUAUUUUAUUUGUAUUUUUUGUAUUUUCCUUCUGAUAUCUGUACCUGAGCUGAGGUAACGCAAACAUUUCCCCGUCGUGGGAUCAGUAAAGUCUUAUCUUAUCUUAUCUCUUAUCUUCUCUACUGGAUCGGCUGGAGCUUUCUUUAUGUGCCUUUCCAGCUUUGACAAAAGUCCAUCUGGGAUAACCACAUUUACUCAGGACCUUCUUGAUGUGCUGUUCUUCUGCCUCCCUGGCCGCUGUGUCAGUGGGGAUGGUGUUCGCUCUGUGUUGUAGCGUCCUGAUGACACCCAGUUUAUGCUCCAGUGGAUGAUGAGAGUCAAACUUUAAAUACUGAUCCUUAUGCGUAGGUUUACGGUACACUUCAGCUUUUAGAUGUUCCCCAUUACUGAUAUUCCCCAACUCUCUGUGAAUGGUACUCAUGGCUAUUAGUCAGUGGUCUCUGAUCAGUGGUUGUUAAUCAAUGCUCAUGACAAUUUGCAUAUUAAUGAUCAAGGUACUGACCUCCCAGCCUAUUGUUCAUCAGUGGGCUGGUUUCAGUCAUUGUGCAAAUGUACUGUUUAUAAGAUUUGGGGAAACCUGCAGUCAGCUGAGACUGAAGAAGUCACUUGGAUGAUGACGAAACGUUUCUCCCACUGAAAACGUCCAGAUGAACAAAAUCAACCUUUUGGGAUUUACUUACCUGGAUGAUUGAGCAUGCAUCAAGACUAUCCCAGCAUAUUCAAAACAAAAGAGAACUGUAAAAACGUAUAUGUUAAAACUACAAAAAAUGCUUAUAUGUAUAUCCUUUCAGUCAUAUUGUACAUUACUGCUUAUCUAUUUUCUUAUGACUGUGCAUUGUGUGUGGGUGCGUUCACAAUAGAUGUUUCUUUUAUCUCUCAGAUAACUGUUAUUGCUUCUUUAUCUUAUUUAAGUAAAACAAAGUAUGUUUCAUGUUAAUGUUCACAAUUACACUUACAUUUUUAUACUCUCUGUUCUAUUUAUAUUUCAGUUCUGCUGUGUAUCCCAUUCCUUAAAUGACCUUGUUCUGACAAGGGUUACAACCUUUUCUAAACUUGUGAUUUUUACCUUUUUCCUCCAUGCUGUAGUGAUUCUUUACUUCUGGUGGACUACUUUGUAUGGAUG